AUUCGACUCGAUACGUCAUUUCUUAACGGAUUGUUGUUUGCAUGCUUUGAUUGGGCUUCCUUUAACGGGUUUGAUCGGCAUUUCGUGCCUCUAGCCCUGCUGAAUUAGACCUUUUAUCAGCCGGUUGGAAUGUCACUCUAUUCUCCCUCUCAGAAAAAUGAGAAACAAUUACUGCUACCUGUUAAAAAUACAUCUCAAAAACAAUCAGAAAUCGACUAAUAAACAAGCCUUUAAUUUAUCCACAAUAGCCUUAGAUCUUCUUCCUUCAAAAGACCCAUAUCUUUUCCCUCCAGAUCCCCAACUCAAAAGGUGCCUAUUCGCUAACCUCCUUCGGAAACUGCCUUCCUACCCCACUCCCAUUGCACACUACAAAAGAAUCCAGGCGCAAAUUGUUGUGUCCGGUUUUCAGUCUGACACUUUUCUGAUAAACAUUCUCUUGAAUCUUUACUCUAGGUAUGAUAAGUUAGGUGACGCGAGUAAACUGUUCGAUGAAAUGCCUAAAAAAAACUUGGUUUCUUGGUCCACAAUGGUUUCUAUGUAUACCCGACAUGGGUAUAUUGAGAAGGCGUUGGCUUUGUUCUUGGAGUUUCGAAGAAAUUGUUGUAAGGGUCCAAAUGAGUAUAUUUUGGCUAGUGUUAUUCGAGCUUGUAUGCAGAUGGGGGAUGGAGGUAAACUGGGAGUUCAGAUUCAUGAUUUCGUUUUCAAAUGUGGUUUUGAUCAAGAUGUUUAUGUGGGGACUUGUUUGGUUGAUUUUUACAUGAAAAGUGGGUGCAUAGAUGAAGCAAGGUUGGUUUUUGAUGGUUUAAAAGGGAAAAAUGCGGUGACUUGGACGAUAAUGAUAACAGGGUACAUGAAAAGCGGGAAGGCUGAGGUGGCACUACAAUUGUUUAGACAAAGGAAAGCAACUGAUGUGAUGCCAGAUCGAUAUGUACUGUCUAGUGUUUUGAGUGCAUGUUCAGUGCUUAAUUUUAUUCAAGGAGGAAAGCAGGUUCACUGCCAUGUUUUAAGGAGGGGAGAUGAAAUGGACGUUUCUGUCAUUAAUGUGCUAAUAGAUUUUUAUUGUAAAUGUGGUAAGGUCAAAGCUGCACGCAGGCUUUUUGAUGAGAUGACGGCUAGAAAUGUUAUUUCUUGGACUACAAUGAUUGCUGGCUACAUGCAAAACUCAUUUAACAGGGAAGCUAUGAAUCUGUUUUCUGAGAUGACCAGAUUGGGUUGGAAAGCUGAUGCCUUUGCUUGCACUAGUGUUCUCACAUCAUGUGGUUCACUCAAUGGUCUGGAUCAGGGGAGACAAGUGCAUGCUUAUACUAUCAAAGACAAUCUUGAGUCUGAUGAUUUUGUGGCAAAUGCUUUGAUUGAUAUGUAUGCAAAAUGCAGUUCUCUGAUUGAUGCAAGAAGAGCUUUUGACAUUAUGGGUGAUCAGAAUGUAGUCUCAUAUAAUGCGAUGAUUGAAGGAUACUCAAGUCUAGAGAGGCUCUCUGAAGCAUUGGAGCUUUUCCACAACAUGAGGCGACAAUCACUCCAACCAAGCCUUUUAACUUUUGUUAGCCUUCUUGGGGUGUCAGCUGCACUAUGUACCAUAGAACUGAGCCGGCAGAUCCAUACACUUAUCAUCAGGUUUGGGGUAUCUCUGGACUUGUUUGUUAGAAGUUCUCUGAUAGAUGUUUAUUCAAAGUGUUCACAUGUUAAAGAAGCAAGACUUUUAUUUGAGGAGAUGAAGGAGAAAGAUAUUGUUGUUUGGAAUGCGCUGUUUUUUGGCUAUACACAACAGCUGGAAAAUGAGGAGACACUGAAACUCUUCUCAAAAUUACAACUAUCAAGACAAAAACCUAACGAAUUCACUUUUGCUGCCUUAAUGACUGCUUCGAGUAACCUAGCAAGUCUCCAACAUGGUCAACAGUUCCACACUCAGCUGAUAAAACAUGGUCUGGACUCUGAUCCCUUUGUUACAAAUGCUAUCAUUGAUAUGUAUGCCAAAUGUGGAAGCUUUGAAGAUGCUUGCAAAACAUUUAAUACCACUACUUGGAGGGAUAUCGUGUGUUGGAAUUCCAUGAUCUCAACAUAUGCUCAUCAUGGAGAAGCUGAAGGUGCCCUUCAGAUAUUUAAAAGAAUGCUGAAAGAAGGAAUGAAACCAAAUUAUGUGACAUUUGUUGGUCUUCUCUCAGCAUGUGUACAUGCAGGGUUUGUUGAGCUUGGACUUCAGCACUUUGAGUCAAUGCCUACAUUUGGAGUUGAACCUGGGAUAGAACAUUAUGCUUGUGUGGUCUCUCUCUUGGGCCAUGCUGGUAAAUUAUAUGAAGCAAAGGCCUUAAUUGAAUCAGUGCCAAUAAAACCAGCUGCAGUGUUAUGGAGGACCUUACUUAGUUCAUGUAGGAUUGUUGGUAAUGUCGAAUUAGGGAGAUAUGCAGCAGAAAGGGCAAUUUCAAUUGACCCAAUGGAUAGUGGUUCAUAUACUCUACUUUCAAAUAUUUUUGCAUCAAAGGGUAUGUGGGCAGAUGUUAAGAGGGUGAGGGAGAAAAUGGACUUAGAAGGUGUACUUAAAGAACCUGGCUGUAGUUGGAUUGAAGUUAAUAAUGAAAAUAAUGUCUUUAUUGCAAGGGAUAGAACUCAUCAUGAUUCUGGUUUAAUAUAUUUAGUUUUGGACAAUUUGAUUAUGCAUAUUAAGGGUGCUGGAUAUGUGCCUGAUAUUGCCAUUCCUGUAGAUGAUUGAGAUGAGAUGUGGCAAUUGUGUAAUUGACAAUGGAUUAUUCUAAGUUCUUUCUUAUGCAGCUCAUCCUAAAACUUUGAGCUUAAAGGGAUAUAUUGUGCAUAUUAAGGCUGCUGGGUAUGUGCUUCUAUAUUGCUUAACUCCUGAUACAGAAUUCAGAUCAUUUGGUGCAGACAACCUGAGUUUAGCAUCUUUUUGCCAUUGAGAGUUGAUGUUUGGAGAUAUAAGCUGGUGGAUUUUGUUAAUAUUUUACGUUUUGCUAUAAAGGCUGUUUUGCUUCCUUGCUUUGUAGCCAAAACCAUCAGGAUAUUGUUGGAGUAGUAUGAAUGCAAAGAUGCUGAAAUUAUUACUAGCUGAUGGAUUUAGUAUUUGAGAUAGAAUUUAAGGAGUUAGUAAUUGGUAAGUUGGAAGAUCUUGCUAAGAGCAUAUUAGGCAUUGACUUUCAUUUUUUUUCUUAUUCCUUCCAAGGUUUUACUAGCUAAUCAAGGUUCAAUUGCUAAGCCCGAGGUUGCUUUAAAGGAAUCCAUUUAGGUCAUUAUCAGGUCUAUUUCAACGUUAUAACCUUUUAUAAGAGGUUUUCCGUGGACCUGACCGUUGGGCCAAUGAAUUUGGUGCCGAAAGAUUGCAACAAGAGUCGGUUGAUGAUCAAUGGGUCAAUAUAUUCUCAAAGUUGCAUGUUGAUGACUGGGCAGAAGAAUUUGGUCG